AUGCCCCAGCUGGACCUCGCACUGGCCCCGCAGAACGACGCGCGCCGCGCCACGAUCCUCGCGCUCCCCGCCCAGAUCGAAGCCGAAGUCCUCCCACGCGACGUAGCCGACGCCGUCCGCGCGCUCUGGCGCGAUCCCUCCGUGCAAGAAGCCGUCCGCCGCUCGCGCGAAUUCCAGCUCAACGAUUCCGCCGUAUACUAUUUCUCCAGCAUCGAUAGGAUGGCGGCGGCCAAUUAUAUGCCGACUGAUCAGGAUAUUCUGCGGAGCAGGGUGAAGACGACGGGGAUCACGGAGACGACGUUUAAGGUUGGGGAGUUGACGUAUAAGCUGUUUGAUGUGGGUGGGCAGAGGAGUGAGAGGAAGAAGUGGAUACAUUGUUUUGAGAAUGUGACGGCGCUUGUGUUUUUGGUUAGUUUGAGCGAGUAUGAUCAGAUGUUGUAUGAGGAUGAGAGUGUGAACCGCAUGCAAGAAGCACUCACCCUCUUCGACUCCAUCUGCAACUCGCGCUGGUUCGUCAAAACAUCCAUAAUCCUCUUCCUCAACAAAAUCGACCUCUUCGCCGAAAAACUGCCCCGCUCACCACUCGAAGAGUACUUCCCCGAUUACACGGGCGGGAACAACUAUGAUGCCGCGUGUGAUUAUUUGUUGCAUCGGUUUGUUAGUUUGAAUCAGAGUGCGGCGACCAAGCAGAUUUAUGCGCAUUAUACUUGUGCGACUGAUACGCAGCAGAUUAAGUUCGUGCUGAGCGCUAUCCAGGAUAUCCUCCUCCAGCUGCACCUGCGCGAGUGCGGGCUGCUGUAA